AUGGUUGUCGUCAAAAAAUUCUCAGCCCUGGCUGUCUUGUCUGCUGUCGCCGUCACGGGCGCAGUCGCGUCCCUCCAGCCCGCAGAGGCCUCGCACGCUCACCAACAUCGCGGCCUCGCAGAGCGACAGCUCCACCAGCAGCAGCAACCCGGCAUGAUCAAGGUGCAGAAACGCCAAAUCCUUGAUGAUGUGACAAGCAUCAUUGGCGAUAUCCUGACAGGGACUGGUUCCAGUGACCUCGACGAGGCAGGUGAGCAUCUGCCCAACACUCGUCGUGGUAUCAUUGGCGAUGUUCUCGGUGCUGGGGGACAAUCCACUGACGCAGCACCGGCAACGUCUGCCCCUGCGACUAGCGCUCCUGCCGCGUCAACAACGCCAGCUGCUUCGAACAACCCCGCUCCGGCCAGCAGUGCACCCGCCUCUUCUAGACCUGCUGCUUCGUCAAACCCCAGGCCCGCGUCAAGCCAAGGAGGUAACAGCGGCACCCGCACCAGCGGCGGCAGUCGAGCAAGUUCGUCACCGGCAAGCAACAACAACAGCAACACCAACAAUGGCGGCAGCACACGCGCCUCGAACAACAACCAGAGCAACAACAGCAACAACAACCAAGGCUCGGCGCAGCAGCAACAGCAAGCUACUGCAGCUAGUGCUGCGCCCACCGACACCAGCGCUGCCGCUGCUGCAGCCUCCGCAUCGGCGGCAUCGGCAGCUGCCAGUGCCAUCUCGGCCAACUCUGCCUCGCAAGCCAGUGCGGAUGCGCUUGCUAGCCAGGCGGCGGCGUCGAUGGACGCCUCUGCCACCAGUGCAGCCGGUGCUGCUGCCACCACGGGUGCCGACCGCGCCAACAGCUCCAGCUCAUCCGGCGGCAGCGACGGCACUGUCAAGGUCGUCGUCCCCAUCGUGGUCAUUGUCGCCUCGAUCGCGUUGAUCGCUGUGGCAGUGGUGCUGAUUCGACGCUACCGUCGCCGCAACGACGAGGACGACUUUGGUUCGUAUCCCGUCGAGAGCAGCUACCACCACCGAGGCAUGAUCGGUUCCUCCCUUGCUGCUGGUGGUGCCGCCUUUGCCGUUGGAGGUGCCGCUGCGGGUCUCACACGCGACCGUCCGCGUCGUGACAGCUACGAGUCGUUCCACAACGGACGACCGAUGAGCAACCUCACCGAGGAGGAGGGUGACUACUCGGGCAUGGCCCCACCGAUGCAGGAGGUCUCGCCGUACGCCGCGGUCGGCAGCGCGUACGGCUCUGCCCGUGGCGGUGACUUCCCUGCCGCUCAUCGCAUCACGGACAGCAUGUACGUCGACGACAUGGCUGAAGGACGGGCGGUGACGCCGUUCAGCGACGAGCACGGCGCGUACGACGUCAAUUACUACGACGGCUCCUCCACCAUGGGAUACAACAACCCGGCUGCGAGGGGGAUGGAUGCGGCCGGUGCCAGCAGCGGUGCUGGCAGGCCCUACUCGCCGUACGCGGAUGUGCAGAGGGGCGACGCGGGCGCUGAGGGGUACUACGAGUACGAUCGCGCUAGCUCCAGCCGCAAGGAUCCGUUCACGGAAACGUCCCGAUGGUCGAGUUGA